AUGACCGAUCUCGAAAACGAUGUUGAAGUUCCUCGGUUUUUCUUGUGCCCAAUUUCACUUGAGAUCAUGAAAGACCCUGUAACACUCUCCACCGGAAUCACAUAUGAUCGUGAUAGCAUCGAGAAAUGGUUGUUCUCUCAGAAGAAUGACGUUUGUCCGGUAACCAAACAAGUCGUCGUUGAUAUUGAGCUCACCCCAAAUCACACCCUUCGCCGGUUGAUCCAAUCUUGGUGCACCAUUAACGCGUCUUCCGGCAUCGAGAGGUUUCCGACGCCACGCCUUCCGAUCUCCAGAACCGAAAUCGUAAAGCUCCUCAAGGAUUCAAAGUCUCCACAGUUACAAAUGAAGAGCUUGAAAAGGUUAAAAACAAUUGUUAUGGAGAACGAAAAGAACAGGCGGUUGAUGGAAUCAGUUUCUGCGGCUGAUUACCUAGCAUCCAUCUUAACCACCGGAGCCGGAGAAGUUUCCGGCGUCGAUGGGUGUGUUUCAACCGAAGCCGACGAAGCGUUAAGAAUCCUUUACCAUCUGAAGCUGUCACCAACGGGUCUUAAGUCCUUGUUCGGAAAGACAGAAAAUUUCGUCGUAACGUUGACGCGGGUGAUGCAACGCGCCGCCAGUUUCGAGUCACGCGCUUACGCCGUCAUGCUACUAAAAUCAAUGUUCGAGGUGGCGGAGCCUAUACAGGUGACGUCAUUAAACACUCAGUUCUUCACAGAGCUUGUACACAUCUUGGUUGAUCAAAUCUCGCAAAAAGCCACGAAAGCAGCACUGAAGCUACUCAUCAGCGUUUGUCCAUGGGGGCGGAAUAGGAUAAAAGCGGCGGAGGCAGGGGUGGUUCCGGUGUUAAUCGACACCCUCCUCGAUACUACAGAAAAGAGACUCACCGAGAUGAUUAUGAUCGUUUUGGACCAGCUUUGUCAGUCUGCAGAAGGAAGGGCGGAUCUGUUGAAACAUGGCGGUGGUUUACCGGUUGUUUCCAAGAAGAUCUUCCGUGUGUCGUCGGUGGCUAGCGAAAGGGCGGUGAGAAUAUUGUACUCGGUGGCGAUGUUUUCCGGCAACGCCCGUGUUCUAGAGGAGAUGGUGCAGUUGGGGGUGGUCGGAAAGCUUUUCUUGGUGUUGCAAGUGGAUUGUGGAUGCAAGAUGAAGGAGAAAGCAAAGGAGAUUCUAAAGAUGCAUUCUAGGGUUUGGAAGAAAUCUUCUUGUAUACCUAAUGAUUUGAUUUCUGCAUAUCCAUCUUAG